AUGACAGCGCUACAACCUCGCGACGGCUUCAAAUUAUUCUACUAUGAUCCAUCCCUUGCAGCUGCAGUAAUUUUCAUAAUCUGCUUUCUGGCAACAACGAUAUUACAUACGUAUCAGCUUUUUCGAACGCGAACGUGGUUCUUCAUACCGUUCCUGUUAGGUGGUUACUUCGAAUGGAUAGGAUAUGUCGCACGUGCCGUGGCCUGUAACCAAACGCCCGACUGGACACUUGGGCCGUACAUCGUACAAGCCGUGCUGACGCUGGUGGCACCAGCCUUGUUCGCAGCCAGUAUCUACAUGGAACUGGGCAGGAUGAUCGUCGUCCUUGGCGCAGAAAAGCACAGCAUGAUCCGCGUCAAAUGGAUGACCAAGAUCUUCGUUGCUGGAGACAUCCUGUCAUUCCUCAUGCAAUCCGCAGGAGCUGGACUAAUGGGCGUGAAAUCGAAAAUGGCCGAGAAUGGACCGCACAUUAUCGUCGGUGGUCUUGUCGUCCAAAUCAUCUUCUUUGGCUUCUUCAUGAUAUCAUCGGCCGUCUUUCAUAUGCGGAUCAACCGUGAUCCUGUCGCGGAUGGUGCGUCUGGCUUCAACUGGCGACGCCUCCUUUAUGCCCUCUAUGGUGCUAGCGCACUGAUUCUGAUUCGUUCUGUCUUCCGUCUUAUUGAAUAUGCGCAGGGCAAUGGUGGAUAUCUGGUCGCGCAUGAGUGGUUCAUGUAUGUGUUCGAUGCGUUGUUGAUGUUCGGGACCAUGUUGAUCUUCCACGUGGAGCAUCCUAGUGAGCUCAAUGCUUGGUUGAGCGGCAGUGGGGUGGUCUGUAGGGGGAUAAUCCGGUUUGAGAGGAUUGGAGGGAGUGGCAUGAUGAUGUCCUAG